AACAAUCUAGGAGAAAAAACUUUUCUCUACUCAACAGAAUAUGAAACAAAUAAAAUGUGGAUUCAACUGACAAUCCAACUAUUUAGUGUUUUUUAUUAUUUUCUACCCAAUCUAAUGUUUUAGACUCGCAAUAAGAAUUUAUUAUAACUGCUUUAUCUGGCAAUUAACAUUUAAUACAUGGGAGUUGUACUAAUUGAAAAAUUCGAAAAUGACAGAUCCACACGUUGUCAGUAUGACUAACGCAGAAAAGUGAAUCAUGACUGUCAGAAGGAAAGAUAUUCUUCGGACUUUUGUCCGUAUUUGCUUAGAUGUCUGUUAUACUGAUGCACUGUGAUGCAGGACUGUUCAAUUUUGCUAUGUUUCAUUCAUAUUGAAUACUAACUCGUGUAUGUCGCAUACUAGUCUCACUUUGUUACAUUAGUAUUUGUUUACUUUCUAGACAUCUGGAAUGGAACGAAGUGAAAUUCCUGAUUUAUCACGAGCACCAAGCAGUUUAUUAGAAGCACUUGAAAAUCAUCUGGCACAUUUAGAAGGCAAAAAAGUUACGUUAACAUCUUCGAUAUCUAGACAGCAAACUGAACAAGAUUUGAAAACUUUUUCGCGUGAUUUAAUCUUUAACGAUAACGAUGAUGCACAAAAAAUUCUUGAAGAAGAGGCAAAAGCGUUGGCACAAUUUAAUAAAAGUAAAGAACAUUCCUUAUCAUCGUCACCACCGUCAAACCAAAAUACAGGUGAUGAUUUUUUCCAACAACAAGCAACAAACGGUCAUCAUUAUCAACAGCAACAACAGCCUGCUUCAUCAUCUUUAACAGAUGAUCUAUUUUCAUUGGCAUCUCCUACGUUUUCCCAAACACCACAAACAUCAUCUCUCUUUAAUUCAACUUCAAUGACAGUACCUAUGCAACAGUUUCCAUUUCCACAACAACAACAACAACAACAACAACAACAACAACAAUUAUUCAGCAUAUCGGACUCAACAACACCAAGAGGUCAGUUAAUUGCUGAAUUUAUGGAAGAUUACACUGAUGAUGAUGAUAAAUCUCUUCCUACCGAGGUAUCUGGUACAAACAAUGCUGAAGCAAAUUUUUUUGAUGAUAUCCUUCAACCAACGAAUGUCUCUUCUUCAAUGACUCAAGCAAAAUCAAAUGUACCAUUAUUUCCGACUAGCAACAUAUCGUCAACAACAACAAAUGUAAAACCAUUAAAUUCCGAUCUGAAUUCAUCAUUGAGUCAAUUGAUCGAUAAUUUAGAUAUGAAUAAUCGGACAACAGCACUCAAAAAAGAUCAUCAGUGGACAGCAAGUGAUAUUAAAAACCAACAAAAAAUUGGUACCAAUUGGAAUUCAAAUGCGAUGUCAUCCUUUCCAGCACAACCAAUGAUUACACCGCAGCCAGCAGGACUUUGGAAUCAGCCAGCACCCACGUCAACAAAUCCAUUCGCUGCUUCGACAUCGGGACCAAUGAUGAGCGCCCAACCAAUGGUAGGUGCUUUCUAG